CUCUCUGUCUCUCUCUCUCUCUCGAUCGCGCGCGCGCGCGCUUUUCUCUUCGUCAUCUGCUUAAAACCCUACUUCCUUCGUCCCGUCGUCUUCGUCGUAGUAACGGCAAUGGCCCUCUCGGAGAAUGCUCGGAAAUCGUCGUAGUAACGGCAAUGGCCCUCCCUCAAGGCACUGGAAAGGCGGAUUCUCGUCAUCGUCAUCGUCGUCGCAGAUGCCUCUUUCGCCCUCUUCGCCGUCAAGGAAUCUGUUCUCCGUUGACAGAUCGGUCGUUGUUCCUGCGCCGAGUGAACCCGGCAAGAUCGUCAUGCACUCGCCGGCCUACUAUGCGCCCUGUACAGCCGGGGGGAUCCUUAGCUGUGGCCUCGUGCAGUUACGCCGUUGGAUCUCGUCAAAUGCAAUAUGCAGAGAAGACCGCUCUUGUGGUGGAUGACCUUGCGCGGGUUUAACCUGCGGUACGGCUGCAUCUCUAACGUCAGCAUUAUUAAACACUUCGGUAAAGCUACGAAAUUAUCAUGCAAGCAACAUAAGUAAGGCUACAGUGGAGUUGGAGUUCAUGACCAUCCGUCCACAGGCCAGAAUUCAUGAGUAGCCUACUGGAUCCAAGAUGGAACGUGUUCGGGCCGCUGCCCAGAAUUCCAGGCAACCGGCACCGCGAAGUGGGACCCGACUCCCGACUCCCGACCACGCGAUGUUUGUGCAUUUUCGACCCGUCCAAAGCCAUUGGAUCGAGUCCUCAGUCAUGCGAUUAGUUUCGUCUCAAGGGCCAAAACCGUUCAGCAAAGUCAGGCUUUACAUAGAAUCCGUUUGUCCCGUGGCGGCGACCUUCGCGCCUUGCCGCCAUGUUCAAACCCCCCCCCCUCUCUCUGUCUCUCAGUGAUCCGCCAUUGAAGAUUUUCUCCAUCUCUCUACUCUGUAAUAGCAGACUCAGGAUUGAUAGACGGCGUCACUUAAGUCGAAAUCCAUAUUCAAUGAAGCGGUUGCACUCCUGGAGGAGGCACCCUGAGGAGAAGCAUCUUCCUUUUCGAAUGCUUGGCCUGUGCUAUCCAUUGGUUGUAUGUGUCAGUCCUCAACCAUGAAGAGGCUAACCCGUAUGAAGAAUUGGAGGUGGCCCUGUACUUCGAGUACAAGGACGCUUUGUGGAAUGACCAGUCUGGCGAUUCGAUCGGAGGAGACAAACUGCAAAAUAGCCCGCGAAAUAGUCGGCGCGAAUGGCUUGGAUUCUUUUGCUUACACUCAACUUCUGCAGGAUAUAGUUGAACAGCAUUCCUUGAUGGAAGGUAAGGCGAUUCAUGGGCAUGUUAUGAAGCGUGGUGGGUGCGUGGACUUGUUUGCGUGGAACACUUUCAUUAAUAUGUAUUGUAAGUGCGGGAGUUUGGCGGAUGCUCACCGAGUAUUUGAUGAAAUUACGAUGAGGAAUACUGUUUCGUGGGUUGCUUUGAUUCAGGGGCAUCUUCAGAAUGAGAAUUUCAUGGAGGCAUGGUUGCUUUUCGUGAAGCUUACUAGACAGGGUUAUGAGCUCAAUGCAUUUGCUUUUACUACAGUUUUAAAGGUCUUGGUGAAUUUGGAGUUUGUUGAGGCUGGUAGUUGUAUUCAUGGACUCAUUAUUAGGUUGGCAUUCGAUGAUCACACCUUUGUUGGGAGUGCUUUGAUUGAGCUUUAUUCAGAGUGUGGGUGCAUUCAGGAGGCCCGGAAAGUGUUUGAUGGGAUAGUUGAGAAAGACUUGGUUCUGUGGACAGGGAUGAUUGAUGCCUAUGCUCAGAAUGCCUGUUCAGAGCAGGCAUUUGGACUCUUCUGCCAAAUGAGGAAUGUUGGUUUGAAGCCAAAUCCGUUUACCUUUUCUGCUUUAAUCAAGGCAUGUGCUUGUUUGGAAGAUGAAGGAUUAGGGAGGAGCAUUCAUGGUUUUGUUAUAAAAAAAAAAUUGGAUUCGGAUUUUUUUGUUGGCAGUGCUCUGCUUGACAUGUAUGCUGCAUGUGGAGAAUUGAGGGAUGCCAGGUUGGUCUUUGAAAUGUUACCACAUAGUAGCGUGGUUAUAUGGAGCUACAUGAUAGCUAGAUCUGCUCAGUUCAGUGAAAGCAAGGAGGCAUUGAUGUUAUUUCAGCGCAUGCAACAAGCUCUGGUUCCUGCCAACCAAUUCACUUAUUCCAGUGUUCUUCAAGCAUGUUCAAGCAUGGCCUCGUUAGCAUUGGGCAAGCAAGUGCAUUGCCACAUUCAGAAAACAGGGUAUGAUUCAAGUAUAUUUGCUUCUAAUGCCCUAAUGGAUGUCUAUGUAAAGUGCGGAGAAAUGGAGGAUGCACUUCGGGUAUUUGGUAAUCUGCACCAUAAAAAUGAUGUGUCAUGGAACACAAUUAUUGUCGGAUAUGCACAAUUAGGUCAUAGUGAAGGGGCUUUGAAGUUCUUCCACAAGAUGCUUGGAUUUUGUGUUCAAGUGACUGAUGUUACUCUAUCUAGUACUCUUUGUGCUUGUGCCAGCUUGGCCGCUCUGGAGAUCGGAAUUCAGAUUCAUUCUUUAGCUGUUAAGACUGUUUAUGACCGUGAUGUGGUGGUUGGCAAUGCAUUGAUUGACAUGUAUGCCAAAUGUGGCAACAUAAAGGAUGCACACAAGGUAUUUGAUCUCAUGAAUGAACAUGAUAUAAUAUCAUGGAAUGCAUUGAUAACGGGAUAUUCCUUGCAUGGCUUAGGGCUAGAUGCUUUGAAGCUUUUUGAUACUAUGUUGGCGGAUGACUUGCAACCUAAUAGUGUAACAUUUGUUGGUGUUCUAUCUGCUUGCAGUAAUGCUGGUCUUGUAAAACAUGGGCUUUCGUAUUUUCAGUCCAUGGCUAAAGAGCAUCUUAUAGUACCAGGUAUGGAGCAUUACACUUGUAUUGUCAUGCUUUUAGGACGUUCUGGCUGUCUCAGAGAAGCAAUGGAGUUUAUCAGGGACAUGCCUAUGAAGCCUGAUGUCAUGGUCUGGCGGGCUAUGCUUGGUGCCUGUGUUAUUUACAAUAAUCUAGAGUUUGGAAAGGUAUCUGCACAGCAUGUUCUUGAGUUGGAGCCACUAGACCACUCCACUUAUGUGUUAGUUUCAAACAUGUGUGCAGCUGCUGGAAGAUGGAAAGAUGUAGCUGGAAUCAGGAAGUUCAUGAGAGAAAAAGGGCUGAAAAAGGAACCUGGUCUUAGUUGGAUAGAGAUUCAGGGUCGUGUGCACUCUUUUGCUAUGGGAGACUUAUCCCAUCCUCAGAUUAUGGAAAUCAAGGAGACCUUAGAAUGGUUGAAAGAAAAACUGCAUAGAGCUGGCUAUGUUCCUGAUAGAAAUGUUAUUCUGCAUGAUGUUGGGGAAGAUCAGAAGGAACAAUUGCUUUGGCUCCAUAGUGAAAGACUAGCUAUUGCGUUGGGAUUCAUUAACUUGCCCACGGGAAGUCCAAUUCGCAUCAUCAAGAACCUCCGUGUGUGUUCUGAUUGUCAUGCUGCAAUCAAGUAUAUAUCUAAGGUUGUGGAUCGUGAAAUUAUUGUCAGGGAUAUGAAUCGCUUCCACCAUUUCAAGAAUGGGAUCUGCUCAUGUGGUGAUUAUUGGUGAUACAUGUUUAAACUUUAAAGUAUUUGUUAGUGCAUUGUCUGGCCAAAACUGGACCUUCUGCACUUAUUGCAAUUUCUUGGGCCUCACAGAAAUUCCAUUUGUUCAAUCUAGAUGUUGGUGGCCUUCCUCAAGGCGGCUACCAUUCAUCCUAGGUCCAAAAGCUCCUGCACCAUCGCUUUGAAUUCUGAAAGGCCAUUUCCAAAUGGCAAAUAGAGCCCAUGGUAAUUGCCUCUAUGGAUCAAGCUUGGAUCAUCUAUAACCAUAAAUUAAAUGAUGAACUUUCAGGUGAACAAUCAAAUUUCUUCGACAGUUCUUGUCUUCUUGAUCAUGAUACAGGCAAUUUUUGUUUGCAUUUCAACUUGUUCCUUUCCCUUGACAAAUUGGUUUUCUUUGUGCAGAAACAUAUGACAGAAGUCCAUCAGCAUUUGUUUUCAUUGCAGUUACACUCUUAAACUACAUUUACAUUCAUUAGUGAUGUGGCAGGAUUCUUGGUACGUUCUCACAUGACAUUGUGGUUUAGGUGAGCCUACUGUACAACAUCAUGACAAUAUGCAGUGGAAGACAGCGUGUAAACAGACCCCAGAGACCAAGCUUGCUCACAGCCUGCAAGAUAAACAGAAUUCACUCAAGAGCUAUUUCUGCAACUAAUAAACACACAAGUAAACAAUUUAUCACCACCAGAACAAGUAAAAUAGACAGCUCAAGAAGACAUACAUCUUUAACAGUUGCCCCUUUAGCAUUGUUGAGGAUAAUAAUAGACUGGAUGAUCCCAUAAUUUAAAAUGCUUUCAAUAUCUUAUAAUGGAGGAUAUUUAGAUAUUUCCCGUGGUUAGGUUUUGCAUGGUUAUUCAAUAUGGUGCUAACCUGUUUAAACCUAUACGAUACACUUACGAUACACGAUACACGAUACACUUGUGCAUUGUAGGCGUAUCGCCCAUAUCGUACAAGGAAACCUCUCUCUCCCUCUUUCUAAACACGCCUAAAAGUUGUGAAAGGGGAAGUUUUACUAGUUUUUCUACAAAAAUUGCCCAUUUAUGUGAUAAGUAGUCGAUUUAGGGGAGAAGUUGCUCGUGGAGAAGAAGGUUUGCUCAUGGCCCUGUGGGGACGAUGAAACAUUGAUUGAUGAUAAUCAUGACAUUAUAUGUUGUGAAAUGAUAAUGUAAUCUAAAACACUUUAAAAUUGAAACUUUAAAGUUAUGAUGGAUGCUUAUUAUGUUAUUAUGAAUUUCUUAUUUCUCAUUUCUAAAUGUGUUGUUAUUAUACUAUGGCUUAUGAAUGAUGUGAAGGUUUUUUUUAUAUGUAGAACACAUUUUUUUUUCAAUUUUUUUUUGUUUUCCUGAUUUUACCGAUUAUUUCUAAAUUAUUUCUCUCUUUUUUUUUUUUAAUUUUAUGAAUUAAAUAAUUAGUUUAUGAUAUCCUACACUAUGUUUACAAUAUGUUACGAUGCAGUGUAUUUGUUGGCCCGACCGAUACACGUUAUGAUACGCCUUUUACAACAUUAGCUUUGCGUGCAUUUGGUAUUCAAGUGCAUUUUUGUUUAAAAUAUAAUCAAUUUCCUGCAAAUUUGGUUUGCUAAACUUUUAUGGAGAUUUUAGUAUGAAGUUUGACAAAUAUUUCUACUAUAUGCGUUGCAUGUUUAGUCAUUGAUACAUUAAAUAAGAAAUCACUUACGUUUGUGGUUUAUUCCUUGGUAGCUUCACUAAAGGCCAUUUUUUAAGAUAGUUGCUUCCAGGAGAUCUUUUCUGCAAUUUGGUGAUGGGUCUGGGAUUGCAUUUUUGCAGCUGCAGAUAUGAAAGCCUUCUGUGGCCCAACACUUCCCCCAUAUUGAGUUAUUUUGUGAACUUGCAAUUUAAAUUUCACUUUGGAUCUUGUGUAGUUCCACUUUGAUAUGUCGUCUAUAUCACAGGUAUGGAAUAGCAUAAUCUCUCAGCAUCCACUUUUGCAGUUAUUUUUAUUUCUCAAUGUUGAUACAACAACUUCAUUAAUACGAUGUAUGCAAAUGAUCUUAGGUUCAGCCAAUUAUUUGUGAAGGAACAUAUAAGUGCUUUAGAAAUGAAUAUCUAAAUGUUGCAAUCUCAUCUAUUUGAUGAUGUCUAUGGUUUCUAUAAACUUGAGAAUACUUGAAUGAGAAAAAAGCAGCCAUCAUUAACAUGAUUCUUCAUUCUUGGUGGAAAAAUCGACACCAUUCACCCAACAGCAGCCUCUGAUAAACUGCUCGAGGAGUCAAGGGUUCUGUAUGUUUUCUCCUUCUUUCUGGGUUCUUUCAUACCUUCAUUAUUGUCGUUAUAACUUGUUUUGCCCAAUUUAUUUUGGUUUUUUUUUUCUCCAGCACUAUUUCAUCUGUUGAUUUUUACAGUUUUGGCUGAAGAUGAUGGAUAGAUCUGAUUGAAUCUAUCUGCAGGUGGAUAGACCAUUUCCUUCCAUGCUAUUUUUGGGGAUCUGCAUACUGGCCUUAUUUGCAUCCUGCCUCUUUGUGCAACCUAUGUUCCUGAAUUUUCAUUCUAUGUUCUCCUGUUGUAUAUAUUCCUUUUGGCUGAUGCUGUUAAGGUGAGGAUUUAUAGUAGUGAUCACUUACACUCAA